AGCCCCAUAUUGUAACUAUUCUUCACCUGCCUCGUAUCCAUAUAGUAAGCUCUGAGCUUCGUCAACAAUGGAGUUCACACGUCUCUUUGUUUUCGUUCUAUUUUGUUUGACCCUGUUAGGAAUCAAUGAAGCACAAUCUGGGAAAGAGUAUUGGAAAUCAAUUUGGCCAAACACUCCUAUGCCUCAGGCUGUCUUAGAUUUAUUGCAGCCUGAGAGCAGAACCAAUCUACCCAUUAGAGGUGAAGAAAAUAAGCAGUAUUGGACUGUCUUUUUCGAUCACGACUUAUAUCCUGGAAACAAAAUUAGUUUGGGUAUCCGCAAGAAUUAUGAUGCAAAACCUAAACAUUUAGGAGCUCCCACAUGGAGUAAAAAAGAAAGUCAACCUUAUGAAGCUCACACUAGGGGUGAAAAAAGAAGUGAAGAUAUAAGCCAACCUUUUGGAGCAUGGAAGUCGAGUGAAAAAACAAAUGAGGAAAUAAGCCAACCAUUUGGAGCUUGGAAGUCGAGUGAAAAAACAAAUGAGGAAAUAAGCCAACCAUUUGGAGCAUGGAAGUCGAGUGAAAAAACAAACGAGGAAAUAAGCCAACCAUUUGGAGCAUGGAAGUCGAGUGAAAAAACAAAUGAAGAAAUAAGCCAACCAUUUGGAGCAUGGAAGUCGAGUGAAAAAACAAACGAGGAAAUAAGCCAACCAUUUGGAGCAUGGAAGUCGAGUGAAAAAACAAAUGAAGAAAUAAGCCAACCAUUUGGAGCAUGGAAGUCGAGUGAAAAAACAAAUGAGGAAAUAAGUCAACCAUUUGGAGCAUGGAAGUCGAGUGUAAAACCAAAAUUAAGCCAACCAUUUGGAGCUUGGAAGUCGAGUGAAAAAACAAGAACUCGCACGCAGGGUGAAAAAACAAGUGAAGAAAUAAGUAAACCUUACAGAGCUUCCACAGAGGGUGAAAAAAUAAGUCUACCAUUUGAAACUCGCACGUGGGGUGUAAAAGAGAGAAAAAGUUAUGUCGACUAUUGUGGACACCCAUCAGCUAUAGGAGAAGAUAAGUAUUGUGCACUAUCCCUAAAAUCAAUGAUGAAUUUUGCCAUAUCAAAGCUUGGAACAAAUAUUAAGGUAAUUACAAGCUCCUUUGCCCAAAACCAAGAUCAAUAUAGGGUGGACGAAGUGAAGAAAAUUGGAGACAACGCGGUGUUGUGUCAUCGAAUGAAUUUCAAAAAUAUUAUAUUUUCUUGUCACCAAGUUAAUGCAACAACAGUUUACAUGGUGCCAUUGGUGGCUUCUGAUGGAACUAAAGCUAAGGCAGUGACUAUUUGUCACCAUGAUACAAGAGGUAUGAAUCCUGAUCAUCUCUAUAAGGUUCUCAAAGUCAAGCCAGGAACUGUCCCUAUUUGCCAUUUUAUUGGCAACAAGGCCAUUGCUUGGGUACCUAAUAAUGUUGUGGAUGAGUCUGUUGACCAUCCUUGUGUCAUCUAGAUUUUAUCUAGUUGUAUAUGCACAUUAUUUCUCCUUUAUAUUACAUCACGUUCAAACCAUACAUAAAAGAUAAGGGUUUUCACCUUCAUAGAGCUUUAAUGUAUGGGCUCAUCAUCAAGUGUGAUAUAGGGGAAAAUAUAACGUGCAAAUAUCAAACCUUAUAUAUAAAGUAUAAUUCAUGUAUUUGAAAUAAAUAUAGUGCUAAACUAUAAUUAGAACUAUUGGUGUGUCUUUGUGCACUUUGGUAUCCCAUGUCCAAUGUAAUGUAUGUUUGACUAGAUAAUGAAUAAAAAUGUAUGUGUAUUUGAUGUAAUAUUUGUUUUUUCUUGUA